UAAGUAAAAGCGGCGGCUGAGAGGGCGUUUGGUAACUAGGCACGUGUCGGGAUCUUGGUAGGACUCAGGCUGUACUUUACAAUCCAGCCACUAGAUCCCUUUUCUUUUUUGAGAGGAUCUCGCUGUGUAACCUUGGCUGGCCUCGAAUUCACAAAGAACCUCCUGCCUCUGCCUCCCGAGUAACUGGGAUUAAAGGAUGAAGAUGAGUGGAAAGAAUUUGAGCAAAAAGAGGUUGAUUACAGCGGACUAAGAGUUCAGGCAAUGCAAAUAAGUGAAAAGGAAGAUGAUGAUAAUGAAAAGAGAGAAGAUCCAGGAGAUAACUGGGAAGAAGGUGGAGGUGGUAGUGGAGUAGAAAAAUCUUCAGGUCCCUGGAAUAAAACAGCUCCGGUACAAGCGCCUCCUGCUCCAGUAAUAGAAACCCCGGAGCCAGCAAUGCCUAGUGGUGUAUAUAGGCCUCCUGGGGCCAGGCUAACCACAACAAGGAAAACGCCACAAGGACCACCAGAAAUAUACAGUGACACACAGUUCCCAUCCCUGCAGUCCACUGCCAAGCACGUAGAGAGCCGGAACAGGGAUAAAGAAAUGGAGAAGAGCUUUGAAGUAGUAAGACACAAAAAUAGAGGUAGGGAGGAGGUUUCAAAAAACCAGGCCCUUAAACUUCAGCUAGACAACCAGUAUGCUGUGCUUGAACAUCAGAAGUACAGCCACACACAGUACAGUUAAACAAUGGUCUUUGCUAAGCCUUCCAAGAUAACUAGACCACAGCUAACCACCAAGAACAGCCAUUCAGCGUCUGAUUUCUGGAUUUACAGUGACUGACUGAAAGACCUCGAUUCCAGUGACUGUCCCUGUUGCACUAUGGAAGCUCAAGAGUCACAACUGAUCUUGAUGUGUGUUGGAUUUAGGGUGUUUUCAUUGUCUUAAAUAUGUGUGAAUUAGAUUCAGCAGUGUUUCCAUAGUUGCUCUGCAUAUAAAACCAAACCUGCAGCCAGUGGUCAUUUCAAACAUCAUUAUGUUCAGAUACUGAGCCUUCGCAAGGUUGACUACCUCAGAUUUGCUGCACUUAAUUGUGGAUUUCAUGUGGAUCACAACUUCUGCAUAAGGUUACAGCUACUAGUGUCGGUGUGAACCUUGAAACCAACUCUACUGGAUUCCUGUCAGCAAGCCUUCAGAAGUCAGCCGUCUGGGUUCUGAUCUGCUGUAGAAAAUGAAGAGUCAAGUGACCUUAAUUCGCCUGUCUGUGCCCCACCCUGAGGAAUACUCUGUAGGCUGUGGCUAUAUCAGACUGCCCAGAACAAGCCGCUGUCUGAACUGAUGUGUGUGGAUCAUCUGUGUGGGGCUUUGAUUUAUCAUUUAAGUUUUUAGUUGUAGGAUGAAGUGACUACAGAUUCAAUUCAACCAAACUUGGAUCCACCAAAUGGGGAAUGGGUGGGGGAUAGUCUUGUUUCUUUGAAUACCUUUUUAUUCAGAUAGUGCUUGUUCUGUUCCACAUUAAGGCCUUGCUUUGACUUGGAGUAAGUUCUUUUAACAGCAUAUUGUGUGAUGAAAUAGCCUGAAUGAGGCAUUGGAAUUGUGAAAUGCCCUGUGAAUUUGCCAAUCCCUAGGUGGAACCAGAUCGCCAUUGAUAGAAAGGGCAGUGGAUGCCAGAGGCUCCACUCCGGGUGCUGCUCAAGCCUCCUCUAAUCAGGUCUAAAUUGAACUGUUGUGGACGGAGUGGUGUUUGCUCAGGUAGGGAGGGGUUCACUGAACUGUCUUAACAAUUCAAAGCAACAGGAGCAAAACCUCACCAACACCCUGAAGUUGUUUCACGAAUCUUGCUUGGUGUCUGAUAACAAAUCUAUCUGUGUGUGUACUUUAAAUUUGAAGAUACUGGCAAUUACAUUCCUUGUUCCAGCCAGCUUUUGUCCACCUUGGGAGUAUGUUUGUGAUGCUCACUUGGAAAGGCAGGGAAUAGCCAGUGAUGUAACACUUCUGUUCUUAGUAAUUUCAGUUGAACGUUGCAGUAGUACUUGGCCCUUAACGAGGUCACUGCUGUGUUCCCUUCCACCUAGUGAAAUAGUCUGGCAGUUACCUACUUCUGGGUCACUAGAAAUGGUUCAGACAAAUACUCUGUAUUGGCAGCUGAGACUGCAUGACGGCAGUGCCUGGGUUUGUCUGGAAUGAGUUCCUUUGCCAAAUGCAGUUGAGACAGGAGUGAAACAUAAUGAGGGAAGCCUUCCUAGCUUGAGAAUAGGUCUUGCAGUUCAGGAAUGAGUGCAGCAGAGCAGGAAGCGGGAGGAGGUGUAGGUCAGUGUUUCCUGACCAGACUGCAUGCCAUUCUGGGCAGUAAUGUUGGCGUGAUCUGAGCUAGCCAGGAGCACGUUGGGUGAUUAGAAGUUUGAGAUUCUUGGUCAAACUGAAGACUUAUUUGGGCACCAGAAACCUUAACAAGUAAUCUCUCACCUUGAGCCACAUACUUCGCUUAAAGUAUGCUUUACACCCCCCAACCCCCCCCACCCCCAAAUCUGUUUGGGGUUAGGGUUUGAGAAGUGAACGGAGACAUGUGAAGAGGUUUGUUUAAUGGCAUACUGUACUGGAACACUGAAGACCUGCAGCAGAUGUAAAUUCCAAGUCUUGUUAUAAAUUUUUAAGAUUGUGAAAUUAUCAAAAUGCACAUGAAUCAAGUUUUAAUACACUGUCUGGGUGGA